AUGCAACCACAUUUUAAAAAGUUGCUCAAUUUCGAAGAAUGUACUUUAGGUGACGGAUUAAAGCAAGCUUCCAGCUUUACCGAAGGCUCCAACCGCGCGACGCGCAACACAGAACUACAGAAGCUUACCAACAUCUUCGACUUCACCCUCUCCGACUCCCAGCUCGGCCUCCUGCUCCUCCGCCAGAAGCCCAACGCCCUCAACUCCACCAGCCGCAGCCUCAUCGUCUGCAACCCGGUCUCGCGACGCCACGGGCUGCUGCUCCAGAUGCCUGCUCUGCUGACAUUCAGAACAGAGCACAAUGUAACAGGAAGAAUGCAAACAGAAGAUGUCCGGCGCGCGGUGGCCAAGAUGCUGCAAAAGUGGAGCUUCAAGGAGGGCUCAGGCCUUGGCGCACGGGGACAAGGGAUCGUUGCCCCCGUACAGCCCACGCUGAUACACCCUACAACCGGAAUCGGCUAUGGAGAGAGAUCGUACCAAAACGGCCUCCCGGACAAGACGCCGGUGGUCCAAGAAGAGUGGCGCCGUCGGUGCGAGGAAAUUUCACGAGUCCUUCAGCUUGAAAAGGACUGCUGCAACAAGACAGUCGAGCUGCUGCGCGACAUGGCCGAAGAGGACGACAGCUCGGCGGAGACGACGGAGGCGCUGGCGGCGGUCCUCAAGUCCAUGGAGGUGUUUCAGGAGAAGCGCACGCCGGGGAUGUGGAAAGCCACGUUGCCUUCUUCCACCUUGCUCUACAUCAUCGAGAACGUGAUCAAGCCGAAGAUUGCCGCGGACGCGCGGGAAUGGACGCCGUCAUGGGACCCGGACUGCCACCUCUGGGUUCGUCCGUGGGUUCCCCUCGUCGGCCACCUGCCGGACAGCCUCUACGACGCCGUGGAGAGUAAGAUCGUCAAGCACGCCGACGAGUUCGCCGUCAUCUCCCCGUGGAAGGAUCUUAUGGAUCCGACACAGUGGGAGACGUACACCCGGCGCCACGUCCUGCCGUGGCUGACGCGUCUAGUGCGGGAGCUGAUGAUCGCGCCGCCGAAGCAGAUGGACCCUUCCUUCCACACGUUGAUGCAGUGGGCGCCCCUCGUGCCGGCCAAGAUCGUGGUCUCCAUCCUUGAAGAAGAGCUCUUCUUCGACAGAUUUGAGGAUGCGCUGCGCCACUGGCUGCAGUCCGGCGCCGGCAAGCCGUCUUCCGAGGAGGUCCUCGCUUGGUGCACCGGAUGGAAGAAUUUGCUCACCCCCGAGCUGCUCGCCGACGAAGGAGUGCUCGCGCGUAUGAAUGCCGUCGUCGACUUGGUCGAUGCUCACAGUGGCGGACCCAGGAAUUGA